UCACAGCCACAGAGGAGGAAGAAGAAGAAGGUGGCAACAUGGCGGCGCUCAGUGCUGCACUGCUUGUGUUUCGUCAUGGACUAAAAACAGCGGAUCCUAAAACUGUGUUAGGGCUUAAAAUGUUGUCCUCUAGUGUAUCAGCAGGGAAAAACACUGACCAGGUCACAAAAGCUCAGUUCACAGAUGCUGAAGUUCAGGACAUUUUGAAGAGAAUCACAGGUUUGGAUUUGAAUAAAGUUUUCCGUCCAAUUAAACAGGAGCUUAAACCACCAAAGUAUAAACUUCUGACUGAUGCUCAGCUAAAGGAGGCAGUGAAGAAGGCAGAGGAAGAGGCCCAGAGGUUGCUGCAGAUGCCUCCAGUUUUACCAGAAAGACAACCCAUCAGUGAUGUCCUGUGUGAGGAUGAGAUACUGGAGGGAAUGGACACGGCCAAAUACGUCUUCACAGACAUCACCUACAACAUCCCACACCGAGAGCGGUUUAUUGUUGUGAGAGAGCCGAGUGGGGUGCUGCGCAAAGCAUCAUGGGAAGAAAGAGACCGGCUCAUACAGGUUUAUUUCCCCAGGGAGGGUCGUAAGCUCACAGCACCACCUAUCUUUAAAGAAGAAAACCUCAAGGUUGUUUUUGGGCAAAACAGACACGAGGAGGUUCUGAACUACUGCCUGGUCCAGUUUGAACCCGACUCUGCAGAUUUCAAGCGGGUACACACACUGACCUACGAGGACAUCGAGCAACACGGGAAAUAUGAGCUCCUCAGAUCCACCUGUUUAUUUGGAGGUCUUGUGUGGUUCCUUGUCAGCAGCCGCAGAAUAGACGGACUGUUGCUGGACAUGCUGCAGAGAGAGCGGCUGCAGGAUGCAGUGGAUUUAGUGCAGCUGUUUAAACUGAUUCAUCCUCAGAGUGAUGUAGCGUUAAAGAGCAAACAAGCCACAGGCAUCGACCUGCUCAAGGUUUAUGCUGAUUGUGAGUCUCAGAAGCCUGCGAUCAAGUUGGCUUUGCAGUCAUAUGAACAGGUGACGGCAGCGAACUCGGUUUAAACUGAAACUGUACGAGAGUUCGGCGUCACGUCAGACAACACUGUAUUAUAAAAUAAAAGAUUUUGUAAGACUGAAACUGGAUAUUAACUAUUGUUCUUGUGUAACACCGUUAAUAAAUCAUCUGUGUACAUUGUGUCAUUCUGACUGUAUGGAAAUGAGAUCAAAGAUGCCUUGAAAAUCUUUUCUUAUGAUAAAUAUCAUUUGUAAGAUUAUUCAGUACUCAGGUUUUACUCAUUUUAUCCUUAUUGUCAUUCUUUUGGCAGAUAAUUGAGCUUUUUUAUGAAAUAAAUUCGUAAAAAUAAUUCAAGCUGUAAAUCAGUAACAGAUGACUAGAGAUAAGUUUCAUUUAUUUUACCUUUAUUCAAUCUGACCUCAUUUCAGCUGCUCAGUUUUUUGGCCAUUUUUACUAAUUUCAAGCUAGAAAUUAUUUUAAGGGUUUCUUUUUUGUGUGUAUUUUCUGUUAAAAGAAUAAUAAACCUUUGGUAUAUAUUAAUAUUAUAUAGGAUCACAUUAUUUACAUUUAAAAAAAAAUUUUGUAUUAAAAUGAUUUACUUGAUCAGGUUUCUAUAAAAGUCAAAUCUAUGUGUAGUUAAGAUGUAAUUCACUAUUUGUUAUUAAUUCAUGUUAUGGCUUUAGACUGAACACAAUAAAUCCUCUGAUCCAGGUUGUAUUUAUUGA